UCAUGUAUUUUUUCCAAACUAUUUUUUCAGUUUCUCUAAAUAAAAAAUAAAUCUUAUCAGAUGUGUAGUUUAAUUUGCGUGUAUUCAUUUAGUUUUGAAGUAUUUAAUGAUAAAUGCGUUAUUCCUACGGAUUUAAAGGACAAAAGAUGAGUGGUGAGGAAAGACUUGUUACUGAAGUUCCCAGUAGUUUAAAACAAUUAGCACGUUUAGUGGUACGUGGAUUUUAUACAAUAGAAGAUGCAUUAAUAGUUGAUAUGUUAGUUAGAAAUCCAUGUAUGAAAGAGGAUGAUAUCUGUGAACUCUUGAAAUUUGAACGCAAGAUGUUAAGAGCUAGAAUAUCUAUAUUACGCAACGACAAAUUUAUACAAGUUAGAUUAAAAAUGGAAACAGGAUCAGAUGGAAAAGCACAAAAAGUUAACUAUUAUUUUAUUAAUUACAAGACGUUUGUAAAUGUGGUAAAAUAUAAAUUAGAUUUAAUGAGGAAAAGAAUGGAAACUGAGGAAAGGGAUGCUACUAGCAGAGCUAGUUUUAAAUGUACAAACUGUCUGAAAACUUUUACUGAUCUUGAGGCAGAUCAAUUAUUUGAUAUGACUACUGGUGAAUUUAGAUGUACGUAUUGUCGCGAAGUAGUGGAAGAAGAUCAAUCAGCCCUACCUAAAAAAGAUUCACGACUGUUGUUAGCCAAGUUUAAUGAACAAUUAGAACCUCUCUAUAUUUUAUUAAGGGAGGUGGAAGGUAUCAAAUUAGCACCUGAAAUAUUAGAACCAGAACCAGUUGAUAUAAAUACCAUCAAGGGUAUUGACACAAGGAAACCAAGCAGCUUACGAGCGCCUGGUGAACAAUGGUCUGGCGAGGCUACAAGAGCAUCAGGUUUCAUGGUAGAAGAUACUCGAGUGGAUGUUACAAUCGGUGAUGAGUCUGUCGACGAGAAUGCGGCAAAUAGAAGGAAGGAAAGACCAAUUUGGAUGAUGGAAAGUACUGUCAUCAAUUCGGAUUCGCAGCCUGAUGGAGUUAAUACCCAAGAGAACAUUUUGGACAAGGCUGCAGCUACUGCCACUAAUACAACGUCGACGAAUAACAAACAGGGCGAAGACAUAAUGUCUGUACUGUUGGCCCACGAGAAAAAGGGUGGAACGAAUUCGACUGCUAUAAAAUCUGUGCUGCCUCAAGAAUCUAGCGAUAGUAGCGAUAACGAAGAAGUUGCUGAAAUGCAAACUAUUGAUACAGGAGAAGUAGAAACUAUGGAUUCCGACGAAGAAGAUCUCGUGCCAACAGUUUCUGUCGCGGGAAAAUCUGUCGCGAUCGCGGAUGUAAAUGACGCAUUAAUAGCGGAAAUGACUCCCGUGGAGAAAGAAGCGUAUAUUCAAGCAUAUCAGGAAUACUACUCCCACAUGUAUGAUUAAUCGGCUAUCAGCGCUGUUAAAUAUUUUAUGAAUGUUUCGUAAGACUGAGUGGUUAUUGAAAUUCUUGUAAUAUUUUGUAUAGUCACGAAAUAAAUCAUUUUUGGGUUUGAUAAGAACUUGUUUCUUUUGUGUUUGCGUCAAUAGUUUGGAU